UAUCCCUACCUGCAUGUGGACCUUUUUACGUUUUUCUCUAUACCUUUUAGAAUGUGUACCCACAUACGGAUCUUUAACUUUUAAGCAACUUUUUAUAAUCUGUCCCUACAGACCUUUAAUUUGUUUUAUUUAAAAAUCAGGAAAAACUUCCCAAUGAUUUAGUAGCUUAAGUACUGAGCAAGAGAGUAAGCAGCUCCCGAAAAAGAUAGGUAAAAAAUGUCGCGUGUAACAAAACGUAAACAUGUUAUGAGGGAAAUGUUCAUUGAUGGUUUUCAACUGCCGAAAGAAAACCAGCAAAUUGUCCGAGUAGUGAGCAGUCGAGGAAACAAUCUGCAUGAGGUCGAACCGGCCGCAGAUGGCGGACAUUUUCUGGUUUCGAUGCCAACUAAGUUCCGCAAAACCAUUUGGGUGAAACGCGGCGACUUUGUCCUAGUCGAACCUAUUGAAGAAGGAGUUAAGGUCAAGGGAGAAAUGUGUAAAAUCUUGACAGCCGAGCACGUAAAAGAGUUUUCAAAGGAAGGAAUCUGGCCGAGGAAAUUCACCAAGAAGAGAGAGCUAGAGCAAGAAGACGAUGAACUUUUCCGCAAUGUCAAUAGGCGCUACGAGGACUCUUCGGAAGAAGAUUCGUCAGGAAGUGACGAAGAAGGCAAUUCUACGGAGGAUGAUGAAACCCAAACAUAAUUGUGAUAAAUUAUUAAGAAAAAAAACAAUAAAUGAAAAUUGAGCACGUAU